UCCUACACGCUGUGCCCACUCGUUUCCCCUCCUCUCAUCCACCACCAAACACACAAUGGCUUCGGGUUUUGGUCUCAAUGGCGGUCCCUCCCGCUGCUACAACUUCUGGCAGGAGGUUCUAGGCUGCUACGUGGUCAACGCAGGUGAUGGUGAAACCGGCAAGAAGAAGUGUUUGCCCGCUUUGGAGGAUUACCACGAGUGCCUGCACCACAAGAAAGAGGCUUUGCGAACGAUGAGGAUGCAGGCUGCCUAUCGGAAGGCCGAAGCCGCACACCCUCGUGAGAAUGCGCCCAAGGCAGAGCAGAUUCGGAGUCUGGGGCUGCUAGGGAAGGAAGAAGAAGCAUCUGCUUUACUGACGAAGGCUUAAGGGGCUUUCGCGCACAUCAGGGGUGCGAUUCUAGUUUCAUUUUUUUUUUUUUUUUCACUCUCACCACCAAUGCCGUGUUGUUAUUUCCUACUUGAAGUCCCUCAGUGUAUAGAAAUGGACAAGCCUAUUUGAUGCGCGUUAUUUUUUGAAAACAUGUUCUAGUUUGGGAUGUCUGCUUCUGUACUACAGUUCGCAGCGACCAGGCAUCCGGGAACCGCGGUAUCUUUUCGCUGCCGACAUUCGUAUGGAGCUGUAAAGUCG